GCUGAUGCGCAGAGCCAAGGACUAGAGUGCAGACAGCGCCUGAUCAACUUGUAAAACUGCUUCCUGCGCAAAUUACGGCAACAUCAUACACGACGUGGGUCUAUGGCAACGGAGCCCUAAUAUCUCGUGCGAAUGUCUUACCUCAUGGAUUGAAUAAUACAGUAACCGAUAUUCUUGUCAUUCCGACAUAAAAGGUUGUUAUUGGAGGGAUAAUUUAUCUGUCAUCAGGCACCUGGGAGAAAAUGUGGAGAUUUACGCAUUUAUUAGCUUGCCUACUGGUGGUGUGUAAAGAUGUCACUGCGCAGAGUAAGAUCUUCGGGGAGACGGAGCCGGUGCGGAUGACGUCGGAGGGCUCAGACUGUCGCUGUAAGUGCAUCAUGAGGCCGCUGAGCAAGGAUGCAUGCCAGCGUCUGCGGAGUGGCAGUGUGCGRGUGGAGGACUUUUACACGGUGGAGACUGUCAGCUCUGGAUCGGACUGCAAGUGUUCCUGCACUGCCCCCCCCUCCUCCCUCAACCCCUGUGAGAACGAGUGGAAGAUGGAGAAGCUGAAGAAACAGGCCCCUGAACUGCUCAAGCUGCAUUCCAUGGUGGACCUACUGGAGGGGACGCUGUACAGUCUGGACCUCAUGAAGGUUCACUCCUACAUCAAUAAGGUGGUCUCCCAGAUGAACACACUAGAGGAGACAAUCAAGACCAACCUGACUCGGGACAAUGAGUUCGUAAGGGACAGCAUGAUCACUCUGACUAACCAGUUUAAGAGGUAUGAGAACUACUCCAACAUCAUGAUGAGCAUCAAGAAGCAGAUCUCCAGUCUGGGCCUGCAGCUACUGCAGAAAGACCAAACAGAGACCAAAGCUCAGGACACCAAUGAUGAGAAAACCAAGGACACCGUAAAAAACCCUAACAAAAAGCCCCCUUCAUCCAAGCCCCCUCCCAAGCCGCCCAAGGAAAAGGUCGUAAAACCUAAGAAAGAGAGCACCAAGCCUGGGAAACCUGUCAAGCCUGACCCCACAGCCAAGGCCAAGGUGGCAGGGCACCAGCCGGGGGUAGUGAGGGGCAUCACCUACUACAAAGCAGCCAAGGUGGAUGGGGACGAGCACGGCACAGGUGGUAAAGACAACGCUGCCAAGACUCACACCGUCCACCACGUCAAAGAGACACACUCUGAGGACGGAGGUGCUGAAAUUGUCCUGGAAACCAUGGAGGGAACCACAGCUGAGCCAACAACUACCAAAGAAACUGCUACCACUACCACAACCACCACCACGAGCACGACAACAACGGCAGCAACAACAGCCAGUACUACAAUGCCAUCCACUACCACCACCACCAUUGUAGCAAGAGUUGAAAGGCUAGACAGACCAGCCCCCACCAUCAUGCUGUUCCUAGACAACUCUGACAACAACAGCCGGCCAAUCCUGCACAGAGCAGGUAAAAUCCUGGACUGUGAGGGGACUCUGGCCUCUAUUGAGCUCCCAGAGAAGCAGCACAGCUAUGGGCGGAACGAAGGAGCCUGGAUGAAGGAUCCCCUGGCCAAGGACUCAAAGAUCUACGUCACCAACUAUUACUACGGCAACAACCUGGUGGAGUUCCGAAACCUGGACAACUUCAAACAAGGUGGGCAUGCCUGGACCCUCCUGCAUGACGUGGUUUACGAGGACACCACCCCCUGGAAGUGGAGAGGUCACUCGGACAUUGACUUUGCCGUGGACGAGAGUGGGCUGUGGGUGAUCUACCCUGCCACGGACUAUGACUACUCCCAGCAGGAGGUGAUUGUCAUCAGUAAGCUGGACCCUGGGGAUCUGUCCAUGAAGAAGGAGACCACCUGGAGGACAGGCCUGAAGAGGAACUCCUACGGGAACUGCUUCAUCAUCUGUGGGGUGCUGUACGCUGUGGACGUCUAUAACCAGAAGGAAGGGGAGGUGAACUAUGCCUACGACACCCACACCAACUCAGAGGCUAUCCCUCGUCUGCCCUUCACCAACGAGUAUGCCUACACUACCCAGAUAGACUACAACCCCAAGGAGAAGGUCCUGUAUUCCUGGGACAAUGGACACCAACUCACAUAUAACAUACACUUUGUUGACCAAUGAGCACAGGCGUUUUAUGCUCUGGUAAAGUAUCAUCAGCACCAUGACAGGAUUGCCAUCCCCCAUAGAGAUAAGAGAGAUGGUCAGUAAUGGACAGUCUAGCAGCCCCCAUAUUGGAUUCAGCAGCCAACAUUCCUCUUUCAAUGCAUGCUAACCAAGACACUUGACAGCAUACCAUGCGUCCCAUACACAACAAUGCUCCUCGUCAAUGUGGACACUGUGUUGUGUUGGUAUGUUAUUGGAAAUCACAAAUUGCUCAUUUAUUCCUCCCAUUUSAUUUUUAUGGCCCAUCAAGCUCCAUCCUAUCACCUAGCACUUUGAUCAUCUGUCAUUGUCAUUUCAGGCCUAUUGAUGCUUUUGUUUUUUAACAUGUAUACAUGAUGUUGAGUACUGUASUGUUAACUGUUGAAAUUGUUUAUUUUAGUGAGGAUGAGGGAUACUUUGAAAAUAUAUGAGCUGACAAACACAAUAUACAUGAGUUUCUAAACUUAAGAUUUUGUACUCGCUUGUAAUUUACCAGAAAUGUAUGCUUUAUAUUUACAUUGUUGUUGCUUUACAUACAUUUUGUAUAAAGUAAUAUGUUCAUUUUUGUUUUAAUGAUGAGUUACAAUUGUUGCUGCUCGUAACAUUUACACGUUCACGACAUGUUAUAAUCAUUUUUACCUAUUUAUAAACCACUACCCUUUAGGAAAUUAACUGUCAUGGAGGUCAAUUGUGUAAAUGCAUACAGAUGUACAGUAUUGUCUUAAAGGAAAUAUAAUCCAUGAACCUCUAUGACAGUUUCAGCUUCACGGUUAGUCAAAAUUGAUUAUAUCUGUAUGAUGUGCAUGUACUGCCGUUAUGGAGAGUUAUGAAGACCGCUAAUUCAAGUAAAGCUUUGUCUAAAUAUCUUUUGAGCAUUUUAUUAUCAUAUUUGAUUUAUUUUGGGGGGAAAAACACUUUCAUUGCAUACUUAUUCUAAAUCUAUUUUGAUAGUUUUGUUAAUAAGUGUACACAGAAAUGUGCACGGCUAAUUACAGCACUGCAAUGUAUUAAUUUGUAAUGUUGUGGUGUUUGAUACACAAUUUCUGACAGAAAGGAUUUUAAGUGGAAAUAUUAUACCACACACACAACCCGUUGUGCUUGUCUCUGCUAUGAUGAAAUAAACAAUUCCAGUUUUAAAUA